AUGAAGAGUUGGAAUACCAUGCCAGGGAAGGUCGCUACAGGCAACGACACAAUCCGCCAGGCCUCCUAUCUCGUGAAGUGCUCGCCAAUGACCGGUUUCGAACGAACCACAACACAUAUCACAUCAUAUUUACGGCCGGAGAACGAACUGACGAAUGGACUCAUGUAUCUCCAUGACACAACAACCCAAACAUGGUCCACUGCAUCGACAACACCGGAACAAAGCCUCGUGCCACGCGCUUUCGAGCGAGCAAAAUCCAGGACUGAACGGAAGAUUUGCGCUCCCUUGCCUGUCGUGCUAUCCACUCACGAAGCGAUCACACAUUACAUCAAGGGAUUCAAAAUCAGUGGCCGAGAGAGAAAAAAAGCGUACUCACGACGUCUAAGAUCGGAUAGAUGUACGAAAACCUUGGAAUUCUUUGGUUAUCGAACGCUACUCGUUCACUCCCUCCAAUUCAAUCUUAAAAAGAUGCUGGUCCGUCGCUUGAACUCGCUCCAGGCUGCACUGAGGUUCAAAGAAAAGGAAUCGUUCCAUCGCUGA